CAGGCACCCACCUUUCCCACCUUCCUCUUCACACAACAUUGCAUAUACCCCCCAAGCACUCGAAGAGAUUGAUAAGAGGCCGCCGCUGCAACCUGCAACCCACGACAUUAUGCGCUUCGCUCUCCUGUCCUUUGUUCUCGCGCUAUUUGUCGCCAUCACCAUGGCCGUCGCUCCGCUUCAACCCGUCAUUAUCAGCUUCCCGAAGGAGGCGCCGGAUAGUCUUCUGGAGAGCGCGAAGGAGGCUAUCAAGAAGGCCGGCGGUGUGAUUACACACGAGUACAAUAUCAUCAAGGGCUUCGCUUGCCAGGCACCCGCAAGUAUUCUCGAGACGGUUUCGGCGAUGAGCGCCGAGUUCCCGGCGCUGAUUGAGAGCGAUGGGAUUAUGACAACGCAGGAGCAGGAAAGCAAGGCGGGACAUUAGGCGGGCAUGGUUUGAGCUUGUGGACGGGGGAUAGGUCGACCUUCUCAUUCCCGAUACCGGACGUUGCCCUUCUUAACGACCUUGCGGAAUGAUGGCUGGAGUUAGGUUGGACGCUAGAAUAUUGGAUAUUUGGCAGGGGCGUGGAAGCCCUGGAAUGCAUAGCUUUAUUGGAGAGCG